AUGGAUCAUUGUGCUGUAAAUAGUAGAUCACUGAGCGUUUAUCAGCCAACACCAGUAGCUCAAGCUCCUGCUGCUGCAUCGCCGGCAGCAUCUUUGCCUCCCACUACUGAACAGCAUUCAGCUGAAGCUCCAGUUCCAAAAUCCAAUCCAUCUGCGACAGCUCCUGUUUUCAAUUCCCUGCCGCCGGCUCCAGUAUCAACCACUCCUGCACCGGCUCCGGUCACCUAUGCCCCGGCAUCAGUUACUAAUCCUUUAGCUCCAGUAUCUAAACCACCUGCACCGGCUCCAGUAUCUAAACCCCCUGCACCGGCUCCAGUAUCUGAUCCCUCUGCUCUGGCUCCAGCAUCCCUCUAG